CUAAAUUCUCUGAGCACUUUCAUUAAAACAAGAAUGGUGUGCAGAGCAGAAGAAGCAAUGAAGCAGAGAGAGAACUUAAAAAGGUGUAAACAAGAUCAUGAUCGCCAAAAGAAGAAGAUGCAGUCAAUCACAAAUUGCAACAAAGAGAAAAGUUGUAGAUUCAAGAGAAGCACUUGUAAUCACGACCAGGACGGAGCUUCCUCAGCCAUCUUCCUUCUCGCCUGCAUCGCUUGCUCUUCCUUUUCCUAUCAUCUUUAAGAACUCUUAGUUGUAACAGCAUCCACAGUUAAUUCAAACUACGUUUAAAUUAAAAUCCUCUAUAGUUCUAUUUGUUAAUUCUAUUGUCACCUUAUUUUACGUUAUAGUUUAUUUAUUUAUGUAUGUUUUAAUUUGUUUUAUGUUAUAGUUUUAUUGUAUAACACUUUCGGAAAACAUUUUCAGGAUG